GAACUUAAACAACAGGAUGUGAAUGAAAAAAAAAAACCUUAAUAUUAGUGGCUGUAGGGCUUUACUUUAACCAGACAUUUACUGCACCAGAGUUUGCAAAACAGGGCAUGUACUUUAAUGUACUGUAACUUACUGCAUGCUGCAGAAAGUAUUAGACAGAUUUGGGUGGCUAUUUAUCAAAGAGCACUUUUGUAAUGUAAUGCAGCUGUGAAAAUUGUAUGUUGUAAAAUGAAUGAUCCUUUUGUUAUCACGUCUGUAGUGUCUUGCAAAUGUAUAUGUAAAAUAAAAAUAGUAAUUGUUAAAAGUAUGCUUUUAUGGAAAAAUCUAAAUAACAGCAAAAGUCACAGGAAAAAACAUAAAAACCCAUACAUCCCAAAAAUAAUUGAAUAAAUAAUAUACUGCUUUGCAGGGAAAUAUAAAAGUCUACAGAACUAAGGCGUUUUGCAGCAAUACUAGACCUGCUAUUGUGCAGAAGACACUUUUCUUUAUCAUGGUGACUUUGAAUAAAACACUAUCAUUGAGCACAACAUAGAACAGAUGACACUACACAGCACUGUAAACACAAUUAUAAUAUAAACUGUAUAUCACAUUAAAGUAGACUGCAUGGUUUCAACAUUGUUUGUAAUUUGACGCUUUGAUGGGCUUUGUGAAUCUGUUGGUUUGCUCUGGUUUUUUGUUUGUUUGUUUUUUCAUGUAUUUUUACAGAUUGCUUAAAGGUCACGUGUAAUAAAUAGCUCAAAACAAGAUCCAGAGUGUGACACACAGAGUCAGAAGUUGCAUAUACUGUAUGGAAGGGAAAGGUGGUGGAUUCGUGCACUGCAAUAAAAUGCACAGCACCUUUAUGACUUAAAUUAGCUGAAAUGACCAAAAAAAGAGAUGAAAAACAUAGUCUCUUUCUGUAAAGUUACUGCAAUCUCAACAAACAAACCAUAAAUAAUUUAUCACAAUUGUGGUAAAGCACAUUUAUCUCAGAUAAGCUGUUUAGAUAAAACAUCCGGGCCUUUAAAAGUUGCCGCGUAUUUAUUGCUGGUCCACUGAUGUUUUUGAUAUUUAAAGGGUGAUGAACUCUUUUUGCCCAGAGUAAACUUCAUCUUGUCUAUGAGAAAAACUUUUUAUUUUUUGUACAUUAUAAAAUACAGGAUAAUGGAAAUGCACAUGUUUUUCCUACUUUGGAUUUUUGUGAUGCCUUAUUUUACAGACACAACAACAGCUAAAGCCAAAAAUCUCGCUUUAUAUGGCAAGGCCACACAGUCAGACCUGGUUGGAAAUCGUUGGGCGCCAUUUGGUCAUGCCAGUAAUGCUAUUGAUGGAAAUCGUGACUCACAUUAUGAACAUGGAUCCUGUACUGCUACUGAAGUGCAAGAUGACCCAUGGUGGAGGUUAGAUUUACUAGACCAGUACGUAGUGACCUCCAUAACUAUCACCAACAGAAAAGACUGCUGUCCUGAAAGACUUGAUGGAGCCGAGAUACACAUUGGAAACUCUCUGCUGAACAACGGCAACAACAAUCCAUUGGCUGCAAAGAUUUCAUCCAUUCCAGGUGGAAGAUCCCUCACUUUCAAAUGGAAAAAAGGCAUUUCAGGUCGUUACAUCAAUGUGUUCAUACCUGGUCCUACUAAGGUUCUUACUCUCUGCGAGGUUGAGGUUUACGGUUAUCCAGCUCCUGAUGGUGAAAAUGUGGCUUUAGGAGGAGUAGCUACACAGAGUUCCCUCCAUGGAAAUGGCUUUGCAUUCAAUGCUAUUGAUGGGAACAAAGAUGGUGUUUACAGUCGUGGAUCCUGUACACACACUCAACAUGUCCUCAAUACCUGGUGGAGACUGGACUUACUGAAAAGGCACAAAGUGUUUUCAGUGGUAAUUACAAACACAGACAGUGAUCCUAAAAGACUAAAUGGUGCAGAAAUCAGAAUUGGAAACAGUCUGGACAACAAUGGCAAUAAUAAUCCCAGGUGUGCUACGAUCCCUUCAAUUCCUGCUGCUUUUUCCACCUCUUUUGUAUGUGAUGGGAUGGAAGGACGUUACAUUAAUGUUGUUAUUCCAGGACGGAAAGAUUCUCUUACAAUGUGUGAGGUUGAAGUGUACGGAUCACCACUGGAUUGAAAAGCACUUAAACAACAGGAUGUAAAUGAAAAAAAAAAACAACAACAAAAUAUUGGUGGCUGGAGGGCUUUACUUUAACCAGACAUUUACUGCACCAGAGUUUGCAAAACAGCGCAUGUAAUAUUUUAAGCCUCUGUACUUUAAUGCAGUGCAUGCUGCAGAAAGUAUUAGACAGAUUUGGGUGGCUAUUGAUCAAUGGACACUGGGAAAUGGACAAUAUGGUCACCACUUUGUUUUGUGUAAUGUAAUGCAGCUGUGAAAAUUGUAUGUUGUAAAAUGAA